CACUCAUCUUUAUAAUAAUCAUUAAUCAUCCUGGAUAUACCACCUUCCUUUAAUAUACAUGUAAUCAUUAUACAGUGAGAGACAAGCACUCUAAAGUGGCUGUAAGGCACACACAGUCUGAAGAGAAUCUCAAACUAAACGAGCAGAAAUCACUUGAACUAGACGGACUUGUCAACAAUUAUGAGAGAAUUAAUGAGAAUAAAAGGUCGUCCGUAAACAAGCUAACUGAAGAAAUGGAAAUGGACAGUUCUAUUGUACAGGAUGAACAAAACAGUUGCGAGGACACUCUGACAGAAUUGACUAGUAGAUUCAGAUCAGCCAUCUCAUUUUAUGGUUGUACAUCACUUAAUGAUCAGUUGGAGGACAAUAAUGAAUUAAAGGAGAACUUGAAGCUAAAAUUUGCUGAGAGACUGGUGAAAUUAGCUGAUCUUAAAGAAAAGCUAAGUAAUGAUGGUACUACAGUAUCUGAUGAUUUGAAUAUCAUUGAUGAAGAAUCUCAAGCAUUAACACUGGACAUGUGGAGGAAGAACAUCGAGUCAAAUGAGAAAGUAAAAGAAUGCAAAAUGAAGAAAAGAUUAUU